AGCGCGCACGUCCCGAGCCCGCGCGAGUAGCCGGUGCUGUGGCCGUGUAUGUCGGACAUCUGUGGCUGCGCACCCUUGCUCUGGCCGGGGUGUUGAGGUGCCGAACCCAUGUGGAAGCUGCUUCCCGCUGCGGGCCCGGCCCGAGGAGAACCAUACAGACUUUUGACUGGUGUUGAGUACAUUGUUGGAAGGAAAAACUGUGCCAUUCUAAUUGAAGAUGAUCAGUCAAUCAGUCGAAAUCAUGCUGUGUUAUUAGCUAACUUCUCUGUAACCAACUUGAGUCAAACAGAUGAAAUUCCUUUAUUAACAAUAAAAGAUAAUUCUAAGUAUGGUACCUUUGUUAAUGAGGAAAAAAUGCAGAAUGGCCUUUCCCAUACUUUGAAGACAGGGGAUAGAGUUACUUUUGGAGUGUUUGAAAGUAAAUUCAGAGUAGAAUAUGAGCCUUUGGUUAUAUGCUCUUCUUGUUUAGACAUCUCUGGAAAAACUGCUUUAAAUCAAGCUAUAUUACAACUGGGAGGACUUACUGUAAACAACUGGACAGAAGAAUGUACUCACCUUGUCAUGGCAUCAGUGAAAGUUACCAUUAAAACAAUAUGUGCACUCAUUUGUGGAUGUCCAAUUGUAAAGCCAGAGUAUUUUACUGAAUUUCUCAAAGCAGUUCAGUCCAAGAAACAACUUCCACAAAUUGAAAGUUUUUAUCCACCUGUUGAUGAACCAGCUAUAGGAAAUAAAAAUGUUGAUCUUUCAGGACGACAGGAAAGAAAACAAAUCUUCCAAGGGAAAACAUUUGUAUUUUUAAAUGCCAAACAGCAUAAGAAACUAAGUUCAGCAGUUGUUUUUGGAGGUGGAGAAGCUAGGUUGAUAACAGAGGAAAAUGAAGAAGAAGAUAGUUUCUUUUCAGCUCCUGGAACUUGUGUUGUUGAUAUAGGAAUAACAAACACACAGAUCUUAAUUCCUGACUCUCAGAAGAAAUGGAUUCAUUCAAUUAUGGAUGCACUCCAAAGGCAGGGUCUUAGACCUAUUCCCGAAGCAGAAAUUGGAUUGGCAGUUAUUUUCAUGACGACCAAGAAUUAUUGUGAUCCUCAGGGCCAACCUAGUACAGGAUUAAAGACAACAACUCCAGGGCCAAGCCUUUCACAAAGCUUGUCAGUCAACAGAAAAAUAAUGCCAAGUGCUCCAGUGAAUACUACAACAUAUGUAGCUAACACAGAAUCAGAGCAAGUAGAUACAUGUAUGGAUUUGAGUGAAAGACCAAAAGAAAUAAAAAUCUCUGGAAUGGAACAAAACUUGAGAAUGCUUUCACAAGAAUCAUCUACUAUAAAGGAACCCCCUAAAUCAAGGUCCAAAAAUAAUAACACACUAUCAGAUACUCUGGUUAGGGCGAAAAUUCCAAACUAUCAGCUUUCACCAGCUAAAUUCCCAGGUAUAAACAAAAGUAGAGAACGGGUUUCUCAGCAGCAGCCGAUGAACUCCAUCAAAAACUACUUUCAGCCAUGUUCCAAAAAAAGGGAAAGAGAUGAAGAAAAUCAAGCAAUGUCUUCAUCCAAAUCAGCAAGAAUAGAAAUGUCUUGUUCUCUUUUAGAACAAACACAGCCUGCUAAUAAGGAGCAGUGUGUAUCUCAGAAAGAGCCCAUGGACGAUCAUUCAGACAACUUAUUUACAGAUAACUCACUGUGGAAAAACAAGGAGCAACUUCUUUCUCAGAAAGAGCCUGUGGACAAACAAUCAGAUUACUUAUUUACAAAUGAUAGAGACUUACAAUACAGUAUAAAAAAUUCUGCCAAUAAAUCUCUUUCUUCAGAAAAUCUAAGAUCAAGCAAAAGAAAAGAAAUUCAUGAUUUGGCUAUAGAAGAUGAAGUAUUAGAACAGUUACUCAAGAACACAAAGCCAGACUUAAAAAUUGAUGUGAAAGUUGAAAAACAAGCAGAAGAUGUCAAUAUUAGAAAAAAGCCAAGGAUGGAUAUUGAAACAAAUAGCAAUUUUAAUGAUGAAACAAUACCACAAAAUGAGAAAAUAAUUAAAGAAAAUGAAAUUGGGAAGAAUUGUGAGCUCAAGAAAGAACCAAUGUGGUCCACUAAAGAAGACGUAUCU